CUUAACUCGUUCUCUUACAACGUCGUUGAGUGUUAAUGUGCAUUAGACCCAAGAACAGAACAAUUACAGACUAGGGUAAUCAAGAUUAGUAUGCUUCACAAAACGUUAUAAAUCGCUACGAUCCUCAUAUUCCGUUGAACGACUGAUCGUGUGACAUAUCGUAUUGUCUUAAUUGAUAGUAAAAAUUGCUCUAAGCUUGAGACCUACAACAAGUGAAAUUAAAAGUGCAGACUAACCAUCUUCGUGCUGCUUUCCUUUUUUAAGAGUUAGAAUAUAUAAAGUUACGGUUCUAAUAACUACAAGGCUCUGUUGUCCUUUUUACUUGAAUAGAAAUCCUGUUUCAUGAAGAGCACUUUUUACAACUAGGAUUGUAAAUUUUCAGGGUUUCUUCGAAAGCUAUUCGCAAACAACUUUGUGAAAAUUUAAAGGAAAGAUUCCAAUUAAACACAAGUAAUUAUUUGAAUCGAGGAACCCUUAUUUAGGAAAAAGAAUGAAAACAGAAGUUUUACAAAUAAGAUGGCAUUACGAUGCUAACGACGACCAUACGCCAAUUUAUUCCGUCGAUUUUCAAAAAAAUGGAAAAAACAGAUUUGCUACAUGUGGAGGUGAUGGUAAAAUAAGGGUUUGGAAAUAUACAUGUGAUGAUGAGAAUUUGACUCCGAAAAUUGAAUAUCUUUCUACGCUUAGUCGACAUGCACAAGCCGUAAAUGUUGUUCGGUUUAGUUCGCAAGGGGAUGUAUUGGCUACCGCCGGAGACGAAGGUACUAUCUUUCUUUGGGUUCCCUCUUCCUCCCCAGCAGCUACAUUGGCAGAUGAUGCUGAAGAGCUAGCGCUUGCGAAAGAAUACUGGAAGGUGAAAACCGUAUGUCGUUCUAUGGGUGCAGAGGUUUAUGAUAUUUGCUGGUCUCAAGAUGAAAGUUACAUAGUUGCUGGUGCAAUGGACAAUAGUAUUCGGAUAUACAACACGCAAACAGGGCAAUUGCUUUUUCAAAAAUUUGAUCACCUUCACUAUGUUCAGGGCGUAGCUUGGGAUCCUUUGAACAAAUAUGUAGUCACUCAAAGCAGCGAUCGCUCAUUAUGCGUUUACAAAUUUGAAAAACAAAACAGAGACUCCUCAUUCCCCCAGUUAAAUCUCAAAUCACGUAUUCAUCGCAUAGAGUACACGAAUGCUCAAAAUUCAAAGCCGUCUUCUAUCCCGACGGAACAAAUCAGCAGCGUUGAAGAAAAAAAAUUACAAGAAAAUAAUUCCUGCAAUGAUGCUAAUCUUUUGACUUCCGAUUCUCAAAUAAACCUAGACUCUGAUGUUGUAUCUGAGGGUGGCACAGAAAAUGCGUCUAAAAUUACUUAUUCUCUGUACUGUAAUGAAACCCUAGUUUCAUUUUUCCGUCGUCCAGAUUUUUCUCCAGAUGGCUUGCUGUUAAUUACUCCAGCUGGCAAACUUCGAUUACACGGUCAGCCAAAUGCAGAAUCGAUGCAUACCGCGUACAUAUUUACCAGAUCAAGUAUUUCCAGACAACCAGUUGCUUCUCUAACCGGGUUCUCAAAACCAGCGAUUGCUGUGCGUUUUUCUCCUAUAUUGUAUGAGCUAAGACAAGCUUCAAAGCACAGUCCACCAACGACUUGCAUUGAAAUCCCUUAUAGGAUGAUUUUUGCAAUUGCUUGUCAGGAUGCCGUUUAUAUUUAUGAUACCCAAUCCUGCAAACCGUUUUAUAGAGCUGCAAACCUUCAUUACUCUACACUGACUGACUUGGCCUGGAGCGACGAUGGUACUAUCCUCUUGAUGACUUCCAUUGACGGGUUUUGUUCUAGCAUUAAAUUCACACCUGAAGAGUUGGGCAAUCUUUACGAGCAGCAGGUUGCUAUUCCGACGAAGAGAGCAACACCGGUUGUAACUCUUCCUACUCCAGCUGAACCUAAUAAGGAACUCAAAUUGUCUAAAGACUAUAAUGUUAAAGAUAAUGAACCUUCUCGACCCCAAAAAAGGAGAAUUGCGCCUACUCCCUUAUAUCCCCAAAACUAAUUCUUAAUGAAAUUUGAA